AUGCAGGCUGAACCUUCGGCGAGCCCCGUCCAGAUCCCGCACGCGCGGUCGGUGUCCUACAAUCCCGACUCGUCCACCCAGGGAGCGACGUCUCGCUCGCCUCCAGCUCAGGCGCUCCAGGCGUACGCAUUCCCUGCGCCGCCUCGCACUGCCUCGGGCGACGAGCACCUGCAGGUGCGGCGCGAGACUGCGAGUGCGUCACCCGCCCUCGGCGAAUACACCCAUCCCUCGUCUCGCUACGAGCCCAACUUCAGCUACGCCGCACCUCGCCAGGAUGACGCCGAAGAGCAGUACCGGUCGUCUGCGCUGAGCGCCCGUCAAUACCACCCUGCGACCAUGUACGGCUUGGACGCGCGCGGACUUCCCGAGGGUUACCAGCAACCUCGCUCCCUCAGCAAUGCCGGCCUUGCUCCGCUCGACGAGGCGCAGCUCGCACGCAUCUCGUCGCAGUCGUACGCUGCUGCAAUGGCGGCGUACGACCAUGAACCCCGCGAGAGGACCGAGAGCGGCGAGUCGGAGCAGAGGGGACCGCCGUCCUUCACCUUCCCCGACUACGCCUCGCACUCAGCUCCGUAUCCCCCGAACUAUCUCCCGCCGCCUCCCCUCGCUCAGUUCCCGCACAGCUACCUGACCUACCGCCCUUACCCGACCAGCUCGUCGGCCGGCCAUCCGCUCGCUCGCGGCGGCGCAGCCUACAACGCAGGCUCGCCUCCUCCGACGCUCGAGUGGGCCAAACCGCGUGGUAGUGGCGAGGAGUCGGGCAGCCAGGCGAGUCGCGCUCACGCCUCGUCUUUCGCCUCAACGUCGCGGUACCAGUCGAGCUCGGCACACACCGAUGCGGCCAUCUACUACCAGCACGCCUACGGCAUGAUGGGUCGCUCGACGUCAAACCAGUCCGGCUUGUCGUCCUACACCGAGUCGACCGAGUCGUCGCACCAGUCGCACUCGACGUCGUCCGAAUACGAAGGUCAUGUCAACCCCGCCUUCGUCAACGCCGCUGGACGCGCAAACAGUGACAGCGGCUAUGUCAGCAGCGGGACGGGCGAGAUGGACGCGCUCCGCCUCGACGAGCAGGACAAGUACGAGCACGAGCACGAUCAGGACGAGUACAAAGACGAGCAGCCCAGGCCUCGAAUGAGGACUCGCUCGGCGAUGGUCAUCGUCGGUCCUACGAGGCGGACAAAGCAGUCGCGCGAUGCGACCAUCCGCGGGCCAUACUCGUCGUCGAGCCAGAACACCCUUCGCGCGCUCGCGCCCGGAUCGUCGUCGUCGUCAACUCAGGCAGCGGACUCCGGCAGCAAGGCGAGGCGCCGUAUCUCGUCGAACAUCUACCACCCGACGCCGCAAUCGAUGCUCGCGCCCGGCGUCGUCGCUCCUUCAGCUGGCGCGCUCGCCGCUCCAAAGGACAAGGAUCCCGCCAACUUCCCCGGCACAAACUCUGCGUCCAUCCCUUCCAACGAGGACUUUGCCCGCAUGCCGACGAAGCGCUCGCGCGGUCGUCGUCCGCCCUGCACGCCCGACCUCGACCUCGACCCGGAGGACCUUGAGGACCCCGAGUUCAAGCUCACCGAGGCGCAGAUCGCCUAUGCCGGCGUCACCAAGACAGGCAAGCCGAAGAAGAUCUUCGUCUGCAAGGUCCCUGGCUGCGGCAAGCUCUUCAAGCGCAGCGAGCAUCUCAAGCGUCACGUUCGCUCGAUCCAUACGAACGAGAGGCCGUUCCAGUGCCGCUGGCCUGGCUGCGAGCGCCGCUUCACGAGGCACGACAACCUUUGGCAGCAUCUGCGUGUCCACCGCGACCCCGGCUCGAGCGACGCCGAGUUCUCCGCCGCCAUCCAGCAGCACUUCGGCGAGCACGGGAGGGGCGAGAUCGUCAAGCAGGAGAGUCGGGAGGAAAGCCUCGAGGCCGAUUACGGCGGCGAGAUGGCUGAGCAGCCCGCAAGCGACGAGGAGUAA